UCGCUGGCGGCAAGGGAAACAAGGGAAUGGAACGAGCUUAUUUCUUCUUCUUAUAGCGCGAUCCACACAUGUCGCUAAAAUGCUGCGUAGCCAAACAAAACUAUUGGGCUUGGGCAGGCGCCAACUGCUUGGCGUAAGGAGAUGCCAGACAAAAGCAAAUGUAUCCAAUCUGACCUUGGUUGAGGUAGAUGACAAGACUGGUAUUGCUACGCUAACUCUAAAUAGACCACCUGUAAACAGUUGCAAUUUGGACCUAUUGCUGGAGCUAAACGAGAACAUUAAGCAGAUCGAGUGCAAUAAAAGUCGCGGACUGAUACUGACAUCGUCCAACGAUAAGGUGUUCUCAUCUGGACUGGAUCUAAACGAAUUGUACAAACCUAACCAGGAACGUUUGGUAGCAUUCUGGACAGCAUUGCAUGACAUGUGGCUGUCUCUGUACCAAUGCAGUGUACCCACAGCAGCUGCUAUCAAUGGUCAUGCCAUUGCCCUCGGUUGUGUUUUGUCUGCAGCUUGUGAGUAUCGAGUCAUGCUGCCCGGCUUCAGCAUUGGUAUCCAUGCCACAAAGUUUGGCUACGUAGUGCCGCAUUUUAUAUUGAUUUCGUAUUUGAGUGUAUUGCCGCGACGCAUAGCUGAACGAGCGCUACUCCAGGGCAAGCUGUUCAGUACCGAAGAAGCGCUGAAUGUGAAUUUAGUGGAUGAGGUGGUCGACAGCAAAGUUGAAGCAUUAUGCAAAUGUGCCGAAUUCAUUAACAGCUUUAAGCACACACAACCGGCUGCUCGAGCGCUGACCAAGAAACAGUUUCGUGCGCAAGACGUGCAGGUGCUGAUUAACGAUCCUGAAGGUCAAUUACGCGAAGCUUUGGACUAUAUAAAUAAGCCGUUGUUUCAAGAAGGUUUAGGAGAGCAUCUCCGUAACCUGAAGGGCAAGGACUGAAAGUGAUGUUCCAUGUGAAACUUACUGUGUUAAUCUAUGCAUUUAUAAGGGUAGGGGUUUAUGACGAUAACAGUGUCACCUGUUUCUGUAAGCAAAUGUUUUUGUUAUAUUUUAAAUAUACAUGUUAUUAAAACUAUUGUAGCUCUUUCAGCAAAGU